AUGUUGACAAACUUCUGGCAAACACAAAUUCCCCAAGCAAGCACGCGCUAUGCUUCAACAAAGUCCUCAGCAGAACCAAUCGGUCCAGCACUGGCUGGUGCACCAGACAUAACAAAUCACUACACAAUCUUCGCCAAAACUCUCCCAUCAGGCCCACCCCCCGCCGCCCCCUUCGCAAUCUCCAUAGCAGACCUCAAGCGCGAAUUCCUCCAACUCCAAGGCCUAGUCCACCCAGACAAAUUUCCCAACGGGACUCAAAAGCAACAUGCAGAGGGUCUGUCCGCGCGAAUCAACGAAGCCUACCGCACACUGCUCGACCCGCUCCAGCGCGCACAGUACAUCCUACGCGAAUGGCACGGGAUCGAUGUCACAGCCGAAGAUGCAGCGACCAAGCACGCUCUUGAUCCCGAGACGCUGAUGGAGGUCAUGGAGGUGCAGGAGACUAUCGAGGAGGUUGGGGCAACCGCUGAAGCGGAGAGCCAGAUCAAUGCUUUGAAAAAGGAGAAUGAGGGGCGGGUUUUGGAGUGUGUUGAGCGUUUGGGAAGGGCAUUUGAGAAGGGUGAUUUGGAGGCUGCGAGGAAGGAGUGCAUUCGGUUGCGGUUUUGGUACAGUGUUGGGGAAGGACUGAGGGAGUGGGAACCUGGGAACACGGAGAUUCGGUUGAUGCACACUAGCUGA